AUGACACAGCCGUCACCAGUGUCAUCGAGAAGUUCUUGUCGUAAAGGGGUUAGUGGUUUGUCCAUAGAAGUUUCAAAGAACAUUCAAUUGCAAAUAAAAUGUGUAGUUAUGUAAUGCACAUUUAGGAACUCCAUUUGUAACCAUGAAGUUGAAAGAUAUCUCGAAGCAAGUUCAUUCAGAACUAUUCAAAAUAGUUUUUAGAAUCUUUCCGAAAGAAUAACUAACUUCUUCGGUGUUCGCAAAAGAUUAUCGGAAGCCGCACAUGGUAAAAAUAAUAAACGCCGACGGACUUGCAUUGCUGAUGGUCGAACAUGUUUAUCGCCGGCUUCUCCUUUUAGCGUUUGUGACGAUGAAGUUGUUUAUCUUGGUAUAUCUGAUUUCCAUACGCUUUCCCAGAAGUUCAUUUAAGGCCCGACCCUGAGAAGCCUGAAUAUAAUUCCCGAAUUGCGAAGGCCGACGCCUAUGGGAAUAUUCGAUAAUGUACCAGAAGAUUUAGUUCAUCUUCUAGUUUCAAAGAUCCCCAGUAAGUUUGCAGCAUUGAAAGUUCUCCAAAUAUAAUUUUCAGUGAUCGAACUAGCACGCUUGAGUUCCGUUUCGAAAUCGUGGAUGAUUUAUUUGAAAGAUUACACUUGUUCAGCCCUUUUUGAAUCGAGAUUUUUGAGAGACUGUAACUCUUCCCGAGAUCCAGCUUCUUUCUAUACGAGGAAUGACUCUUUUUACUCUCUUGGUAAUUGGCUUCUGGGUAUUUUCUUUAAUACUGUUUUCAGGAAUAUUUUUGAGGCAAGUUACCAAGCUUUUUGAUUCAUUUUCCGAGAGGGUUGACUUUUUAGUCAAGUUUCUCCGAAAAAUUUUCGAGAAAAUUCGAAGUCUAGAUGGUUUCGGAAGAGCGAUAUUUUCGGUUUUUUAAGUGCUAAUGUGUAGUAUUUUUUUUUUCUUGAUUUUUAGUUUUGUGACGGCAUACAGAGUCAAGAAGACUACGACAAAGUUAUAACUUCUGCGAUGCUGAUCGACAAAUCUAUUUAUGAAGAUUUGAAUUCUAUUCUGGACUCCCCGUGGGGUCAAAAAUCUAAAUUGGAGCUGAAGGUAUGCUUUUCAGACCAAAACUUAAGAUUAAUAAACCCAAAUGGCGCAGAACAAGUCUGCGCCUAAUAGAUCCAAGGUAAACAACUUGCAAAAGAAAAACCGUUUUCACAAGAAAAUUCCUUUUCUUUUAUAAAUUUAUCUUCUUUGUUUUUGAAUCACUGAAUAGAAUAUUAAUCAGUUUAUGAUUUUCUUCAGGUGCGAGUGAACUUGACAUCUCUUUUUUUGAAUCAUCGGGGAAUGGAUUUUCAACAUGAAUCGAAUCGUUUUUGGUUGUCAGCUUUGAUGAACGUUUAUAAGAAAGCGGGAACACGAAUUCAAUCAAAACUUUUAUAUCUGCUUUUUGCACCAAUGCGUACACAAGGGGGACAAGGUAGUCUGAAAAAAACGUUUAGAUUUAGGUUUUUUUUAGAAGUUGUUCAUUGGGAUUUGUUUGGAGACUUCGCUGUUCAAACGCACCAACAGGCUAUUUCUAUGCUUCGCGACAUUUCUUCAGCUCUUCAAGCUCUGAUGCUUACUAAAAAGGCGAACACAGAACUUUCCUGGACAAAAAACGCCGUUUUCAAUCUUAUGGAAGAAGUUACAAGUGGAUAUAAAUUCAUAAUCAAUUUCGAAUUAUAUAUUUUAUAGCCUUCCCGACACCAUGGUCCAUGAACACUUUUGUAUCUUUGUUGUUGGUUCAACCAUGUUUGAUACCGAUUUCUAUCACGGCACGAAUGUUCCGUCAGCACGAAGACGAAGCAGGCGACAUGGUUCAUACAAUGAAGACAGUAAGACCGCAUCCAUAUUAGGAAAUGAAAUCGCCAUUCAGCUUCUGUUCCGGUGGGGAAUCGACUGUGCUGAACAUCUAACUGUCGCAUUUCAUUCAAUAGCUACUCACUUGGGAUCAUUUGAAAGAAAAUCACUCAGCGAGAGUAUUUGGAGUUGGCAUCGAAAAAACGUGGAUGAUUUGAGAGCCCAAAAUGGUGAUUUCCCUGGAAAAGAUAGUUUUUUUAAAAAUUUUUUUCCGUUUGAAUUUACGAUUUUCACUGAUUUCAUUUCAAUUCCAGACGGAUUCGCUGAUUUGAACGAAGAGAUGCGAAGUCAAAACCAGCUUCUUCCAGUUUUAUUUUUUUAUUAAAUCAAGAGAACUAAUAAUAUAUAUAUGAAGAAAAAAAUUUCACCCUGAGAUGGUAUUAAAAAUAGUUUAUAAUCUGUGCAAUAGAUCUUGUUCUUAUUAAAAUUUAUCUAAUUUAAUCUAAAAGCUUGUCAAAUUUUCAAUCUUGUGAAUGUCGCUGUGAAUAAACUGUAUUGAUUUCCUUUUUUCUGUUUUACUUUUUGAAAAACGUGAAGAAUCGUAUAGUUCAAUUUACUAUUAAAUAUAGUCUGUUCAGAUUUUGAAUGUCAAGCAGCUAACUCCGCGCCCAAGGCUACAAUAUCUUUCGCGUCAUGUUUCAUCUCCAGAGGAAGAUAGAUCUUUAAGAUGGCUGCAUUUGAUCAUGACUUCUUUUUCUAUCUUUUAGAAUAAAAAAGAUCAGAAAUCAUCAAAAGAAAGGUACUAUGCCAACAGGGCGGAGGGCGGUUGACAUUUAAAAUCUGAACAGACUUGGUAGUUUUUCCUUCUGUCAUCUGCGGCUUAUGCACGGCUUAGAUCUGUCACGUUAUGAUAUUAAUGCCGUGUUCAAAGUAAUUUCCGCGAAAUGCAAAAUGGUCUCUGACUCUCCAAAAUAUAGUUAUCUUUUCCAUUCUCUAACGGGUAUUUUGCAUUUCGCAGAAUCACUUUGAACACGGCCUAAACAUAAAUGGGCGAUCAAUUACUUUUUAGCUUUUCCAGCUUUUAAAAUUUAUUCUUUGUUCAUUGAAAAAUUUUUAAAAUUUCGAAAGUAUGUCAACUUUCGUCUGGGGUGAAUGCACAAGAAACAGCAUAUCCGACGAGGGCAAGAUAUCUCUGGAAACGCCAUUGAACAGAAAUUCAGAGGGAAUUUACAUUUAUGUAGCACACCAGAGUUUAUUUGAUUUCUUUUCACAAUAAAAAGGGGUUUUUUUUUGUUCAGUAUAUUGGUACGUUCAUAAUACUUUUAGAAUAAUAGAUUCUAUUUUUUUUUUACAUCUUUUCCAACUAUUUGUUUCUCUAUCACCUCCAACUUAUCAGAUAUGCACGAAGAUCCGGAGUUUUCUAAUGUGGCUGCAACUGACCGACCAGUUUUUGAAUCGUCCAGAGUUUCGGCAUCGAUUGAUGUUGGUCGCCUCGUUAGCGAUCUUCGAAGUUUCGUCGUGGACGAAAAGACUGUCAAGGUUUGUUGUAUGUUCAUUUUGGAAAAAAAGUUUCGAGUAAAGGUUAUCGACGCUGUGAACUGCGGGAAGAGAACACUGGACGUAUUGCUUGCUAGAAAUGGCCACAGCAUUCAUUCUUUAUCGGUAAGUUAUUUUUGAUUUGGAUGCUUCAAGAAAAGGUACAUGGGACGACAUAAAUUUGCAGAGACGAGAUAAAUUGAUGUAUCAUGGGAACAAGAACUACACAAUCGAUUCGAACGGUCGCGUUUGUAUCGUAAAGGCGAGCAAUGAAGCUAACAGAAAUCGCGAGGUUUAAACUUAAAUUAACAUUUUGUUUCCUUCAAUCUAUCAUUUAUUCUCUGGCUAAUUUUUUUUUUCGAAAAUCACAUCAUAAUCAGAAGAGUUGUAUUCAUGUCAUUAUUGACCGAAAUCGUCGCCUUUUAAAUAUUAAAAUGAAAAAUUGCUUAUAAUUUUUUUCAUUGAACGAAGUAACUUUAUUUUUUUUUUUGAAUUUUUUUCAGGGUGUCAAAAAUCUCAAUACUAUUCUGUAAUGUUUUCCUAAUCAGUUAUACCAUGAGGCAAAUGACAUAAAUUUCAAAAUUGAAUGUUUUUCAGUUGUUGCACCUGAGCUCUGAAAAUCAAGAAUUACGAGCUCUCCAUAAAGACCUUAUGUGUGGCCUUGAACUGGUCAUGAAGAAGCAUCGUCAUGUUAUGGCCGAAUAUUCUCAACAUCUUCUGAAUGCACGCCCGAAGAUUCCGAAAGAGCGUGUCGACGACGUUGUCGUUAGUUUUUUUUUUUGGUUUUCUUAAUUUGUUUAACUUCUAUUUCGUUGGUUAUUAAUUGAGUUGACGAUAUGAUGCGGUUUCAUACAUGUACAGUUUUUUUAAAGCCCUUUUCUCACGACUUUCUAAUAAUUAUUCAACACGACUUUCCUGAAAACCAAAAUAUAUACAUAUAUUUUUGUUCCAAGUAGUUUUCAUUCCUCAUUAUCGAAAUUAAGUAAGCCUUCUUUUCCCGCGUUAGUUGAGUUGGGUACUUGCCCAUGUACGUGAUCGGCAGAGAAAAAUAACAACGAGAAACAAAAAAAGAGUCGUCAAUCCUUCUAUUUCAUGCGUUUCUUAAUAAUACUAAGCUUUUUAAAGAGGAAAAACGACGAAGAAGUGAAGGGGACGUUUGUUGGAACUGGCGCGGCUGUGAAUUUUGUUGUUGCCCGAGAAGAGAAGAAAGAAAUCCUUCGCAAAAAGGUCCGAGAAAGUUUCAUACCAUUUCUUUUGUUUUUUUUUUUAAAUUUAUUUCAAAAUUCAAUUGCAGCUUUUCAAACGGUUGCAAAUGGAGAACUUCGUGAUGCGGGCUCUGUUGAAGUGCGACAACAUGGUCGAGGCAGUGCCAGAAGACAUUGCGGAGGAAUGGAGGUUUCUUUCUCAGUUUUCUUUUAUGAAUAGACGACCUUGAUAGACGACCUUGAUUCUGAAAGUACUUUAUCCGCCACAGCUGGAAAUAUUUUGAUCCCUUUUCCUCAUCAACUCGGUCAUAUAUACAUAAAAAUAGUACGCGAAUCGGACGUGUCGGGGCAUAUCUAGUGACCACUUUAGUAGCGUCAGCACACUGGUUCGAGAUUGUACAAAAUAAUCAAGCCAGCAUUUUAAUGAGAUGAGCGAAAAAUAACGGGCUGCGAAAUUUCUGGCGUAUUUGGUAAAAUAUGAUUCAAAUGAGUGCUCUAGGGACACCGUGUCGUUUAUUUUCAUGUUCACUUUUUUUCCAACUAAAAUCAAAUUGCCUACCUUCAAAAAUUUGAUUGAAAGACAUGUCACGUGGAGCGCGCUUGCAAACAACCUUUUCCCAAUUACGGCGAUUUUUCCGCAGAAACAGAUCCUUUUUAAAAUUUUAACCCCCGAUUCUAUCCAUUUUUAUAUAAAAGGUGCUCCGUUGUUAAUACUUUGAUAAUAUCAUUGGAACGAUAGAAAAAAAAAAAUAGCUCGGCUAUAAAAUUUGCACAUUUUUUUUUUCAGAAUAUUCAAGGAAUCCUCGAACCCGGAUGAGUCCAUGGAAACUGUCAUCGAAAACUCUCUCACUAACUCUGACAGCUUGGAAGAGAGUUUUGCUUAGUUUUUUAUUCUACCGGAAAGUUUAAGAGAAAAAAAUUGUGAAUAUGGUUCGGAUCUUUUGCUUAUCUUAUUUGUUUUCGCUCUGGAUUUUUCGUCGUUCAAUUUAAUUUCGUUGGGUAUACAUCUUACGUCCUUAUUAACAUCUAUUUCUAUGUUAAUAAUCUCACACUCAGUGUUUUUUCAUCAUAGUUUACUCGAUAUAUGUUUCUUGUUCAAUUUUUAAACGCCCACCUUUUAGAGUAUUCCGAUAACUGCUCGAUCAAUAUUUUACUUGCAAACGGGUAUGCCUAUGCAUCUCUUUUCUGUCAAUUUUAUGAUCAAAGAAGAAAAAACUGUCGCUACUGACGGUUAAUUGUAUUUAUUGCUCCAAAUGAAUUUUCACAGUUGAACGUGAACUUGAUUCAAUCCAACUUCAACGAAAAUAGUUGAGCAUUUCCAUUUUUUCUUUGCUGUUACACGCAAGCUCUUUUCGAGAUGUAAGAUUUUCUAUGUUAACCUUCAUGAUUAAUAUCAUCCAACAUUAAAUCCACUGAACGAAUCUUCUGUGUUUUCCUCCAAAGAGGUUCAUCAGUGAUCACCAGAAGUAGUUCCCAUGGUUAGAGACCGCAAAGCCACGUUGAUUUCUGCCAGAAUUUUCCGUUGCUCUGUGUUUCUUUUUUUUCGGUUGCACAAGUUCGAAUGCAAGUGUAGAACGUGUAGGCGAAUUCCGUUUAUAAUGUUAUUAUUUAUUCAACAAAAAAGACAUACUUUUUCAAAAACGCAAAGCGAGAAGUCACUCAUUUUAACCUGCAAGAUUUUUUUUUCUUUUAGUUCUUAUAAAACUCGAUAAUAACUUCUUAAUUUCUCUUCUCCGGUAGUUCUAAAAAAUAGUUCUGCUCUCUUGACAGCUGGAUGGCAGAUUGAGGAUAAUAGCUAAUGAUAAAACUUCAGCGAUCGAGAGAGAAGGAGUCACUAGAAAAACUUCAACAGCCCUUAUUAGUCGGUGGUAUGAAAAAAACACCGGCGAAAAUUCAAACGGCGACUUUUCCGAUUUUUUCAUAUCGCUAGGGAACUUUCCGACGGCCACCUUUCCGACGAAACUUUUUCCGACUUUUUUUUCUCGAUAAACUCUUCGUUUUACAUCUUCCUAUAUAAAGUAGGUAGUUUUUUUCAUAAUUAAAAACACAAAGAAAUAGGAAAAAAAUGUUCAUAGAUGUUUUAUAAACCGAAAAGCAUAAGGGAAAAAAGUCGGAAAAAGUUUCGUCGGAAAGGUGGCCGUCGGAAAGUUCCCUAGCGAAAUGAAAAAAUCGGAAAAGUCGCCGUUUGAAUUUUCGCUAGUGUUUUUUUCAUACCACCUAUUAGUCAUUGGCUCUCUUUCAUAUCUACGUUGAACGCAUAUUUAGUGGACUUCUGAACUUAUUAAGCAUUAUUGAACUCGCAUUUUGUCAGGGGAAAGGAAAAGAAGGAUGUAAAGAAGAAGAAGAAAAAUACGAAAACUAAGACCAAAAGCAAGCCGAAACAACAGGAUAAGGUUAAAGGUAUGGUUUCUUAUUUUUGCAAUCAGAAAGCAUGUUUCAAUAUAUAAAAACAUCGCAUGACUCGAUAACGUUCUGUUUUUUGUCGCUCAUCGGAUUAUCGAUACAAAAAAGACCAAAAAGAAAACGAACCGACACAAGGAUAAGACCAAAGAUAAGACCAAGAAGAAGAAAACAACUCGGAAACCAACCAGCCGACCGGAGGAUCUGAAGAAGAAGGCGAUUGUCCGCUCUAAGUUCACUUUAUACCGUUCCAGAAUCAUAAGAACUCAUUCAGAGAUGUCAAGGGGAAACCAAAGAAAGCUACUCCUUCGAAAAAGUCCGACCAACGUCUGAUUCCAAAACCAAACACAAGACGCUCUGUAGUACGUAGCUCCGUCCCUCUCAAGGUGCCUUCAAUGCUCACAUUUUUCUUAACAACCGUUUGAAAAAAUUUAUCGGUUUUCAAUUUAAAUUAUUUCAAGUUUUUUUUUUUCGAGUGCAGUCAAAAAUGAGAUUUUUGACCAAAAAGGGGGUCCUGCAGUAGAUUUUUGAAGUGUUGCAACGAUUUUUUUUUAUUGCAAGUAUGCCUUCAAUGAAGUUGCGUGGAAAGACAAGAAUAUCAUUUUGGAAAUGAUAAUCGUCAUUUUUCAGAACAUUCCAAUUUUUCAAUAAUUGAAGAUUGUAUAAUUUUAGUUGACUGAUGUUGACAAAAAGAAAAAACCGAUCUCUUCUAAAGAAGCAGUAAUCGCAAAGAAAAAUGAGAGUGGAAAGGAAGGAAAGAAUUUGAAAGAAGAAAAGAAGAUUGAAGUGCCAAAAAAAACUGUAGUCGAGAAAAAAAAAGAGAGUUCUGAUGCGAAAAAAUUGCGAGUCGAGCCUUCGGUCAGCGUGGUCAAGCCAGAGCAGAAAGGCGGUUUAGUGGUGGGUCUUUUUCAAAGGCUCUUUUUUUUAAUCUUUUCAGGAACGCAAGCCGGAACUUCUUCCUGUCGACCGCACCCAACUUUCUCUUUGUAAGUUUCCUUCUUUCUUUGGCUUUUCAACAGCUCAGUUGAAGCCCUUACAAGUAAUUUCACUCUCUUUCGAGUGAAAUAUGGUUUUUUUUGACAAAGUUUCAGUUUUUCAAGCUCAGUUCGAAACAACCAUCAGUCUUUAUUUUCCAGCGAAAACACAAUCUUCUGAGAGGGGAGUGAAUCCCGCAUUAGCAAAACUCGCGUUUUUGGACCCGACAGCCUCCAAAAUAGCGAACGUUUUGGACGUUCGUAACGCUCCUCUGACAUCAGAGAUGAUUCAACCAGAUGAGGUGACAGUUUCGUUCAGAAUAAUGUCCGAACUGACUUCAGGCUGUCCAGGAACCCAAAGUUCUCGUCGUCGACAUCGACUCAGUGAGCAGGACGGGCGCGGUUCUUGAGAGGCAUCUGAUGAGCAUCGACCGCAAGGCAUCUGCCUCCAGCCGAGUCUCUCAGAAACUUUGAGAUUUUCCAGAGGUCGUUCGAUUGGUUGGCCAUGAAUCGACACGCGGCGACGCAUCCUUCCGCGUUCUCCAAGCACCUCGGUUUGGCCCUUUGCGACGUUGGAAUGGACACGUACGUCUCGUUUCCUGUUUGUUGAAAGUAUCAGGAUGGAGAGCUUAAAACUAAAAAGUACUUUUUGCACCUUUUCGGCCUUUUUGAAAAAAGUUCAAUAAAGAUAGUCCGUUUGCCGCGACUUGACAGUUUUCGAAUGUCUGCGUCUCUCUGUUCCCCUAUCGGCGAGGUCAGAGAAACAGAAAAUAGCACGUCACCAUGAGAGGGUUGUCGAGAGACGAGGAGGGCGCAGAGAAAUCCUGCCUUUUCAAGUCGCGAAAAACGGACUACACCGGCAUCGAUAUUUCUUCCCAAAAAAUUGAACACUUGCGAAAACGUUAAAAUGGAAUGAUAUAAUUACAAUUCGAUGCGCGAAAAUUGGGGAAUUCGGGUUUCUAAAUGCAUAGAGAAUUUUCAAAAAACCAAAAAAUGAUUCGAAAAGAAGAUAGGAAGUUGCAGUUCCUUGGUACGCAAGGCGUUCGGCCACUUGCAGACGCUGAACGUGAUCAGCGCCAAAGAGACGGAUCAAGUCCAGAACUGCCUCGAUCGCGAGAAUUCGCCCAUUACGGUCGCUUCGGCCGCUCGGAUCUUGAAGAAGUUCUGCUCGGCCUACGCUUGA